GGAGGGGUACGGGAAGCGGGCGACAACCGGAGGAACUCGAGAAGGAAGGGGGAGACACAGAGGGUGACUUAGGGAAUGACAUCAUCCCUCAUUUGAAUACAUCCCAGUCUGGGCAGCGAUUGGUCACGAGCGGGAUGAACGGGAGUUCUUUGGCUAUUCAUUCCUUUCAAUUUCACCCCCGCGCGCUCCACCGUGGUAAAGCCCUCUCCUCCGCCUGUCCGUCCGUCCACCGGCCUCCGGGAGUGUGUGUGUGCGUGGACUGCUAAGCGCUGCUCCUUUCUUUUGGCGAGGUACGUGCAUCAUUUCAGAAAACGGAGACCGACAAAGAAGUUCCUUUACGACCUGGCACCGCUACUUUCUCCUCUCUCUCUCGUGUCUCGUUCGGUUUCAUUUUAAGAUUUGUUCCACUUUGUGCCUUAGCACCGUGAAAAGGCGUCAGAGGGAAAUCGGUUGAACACUGGGCGUAUCUGAAGAGGAUUUGUAGCCAGAGCGAGCGUUACAUCGACCUGCCUGACUCCGCCCACUUCCACCUGAGACUCCGCCCCGUCUUUAGACGGCCUAACAGGACCGACGGAGAUGAAACCUGAUGGGGUUGCCACGGCUGCCAUGGAGCCAAUGGAAGUGCAGCCCCCGGAGGCAGAGCCUAACCAGGGGGCGGGGCCUGACACCCAGCCGGAGGAGCUGAUUGGCCAGCACGGGGAGGCGGGGCAGGGGGAGCCUCAGCCUGAGCCAACCAAGGAGAGUUCUCCCUCCAAAACAGGAACUAACAAGACCAAGCCUGGUGCCCCACCCACCUCCAAGCCCCGCCCCUCUCCGGCCCAGAGCCGACCCACCAAUGGCGUCUCCAAGCCCCCGACUAAUGGCGUGGCCAGGAAGAGCAUGGCCUCCACAGCACCAGAGAAGAAGAGCCCUGCCUCCACCACAGCCAGACGCCCCGCCACCAACAGUGCCGUCAAGGCAACAGGGCCAACAGCCAAUAGGAAGACUCCGGCUCCGCCUACUAACGGCGUCAAAACCGCCGCUGCUCCAAAGAAGCCAGCAGCUGCCACAAGGCCCUCCUCCUCACUCAAGACUGACAAGCCCCCAGUUACCAAGACAACCAGGCCUUCCACAGCCACUACACCCACCCGCCCAGCCUCCGCCAAGACCACCACACCCACGGCCAAGACCUCCACCCCCACCACCAAGACGGCCACGCCCAAGACAACCACACCCAGACCAGCCUCCUCCGCCCCCAGACCGGCCUCCACCACCCCCAGACCGGCCUCCACCACCCCCAGACCGGCCUCCACCACCCCCAGACCAGCCACCACCCCCAGACCAGCCGCCACCACCACGCCCUCUGCUGGUCGCACCCCCACAUCGCAGACUAAAACACCUGUGAAGAAGGACGCCCCCAAACCUUCCACCCCGGCCGCCAAGAAGUCCACACCCGUCCCUCUCAGCCGCCCCUCCACAGCCAAGACCGCCAAACCCGACACACCCAAGGUAGUCGCUGCCGCCAAGCCAGACGCCGCUCCCAAGAAGCCUGCGGGGGUCAGCAAGGCUGCCGCCCCGAAGGCCAAGCCCCUGGCCCCCAAAGAGGGAGGCCCGAGGCCCCUGGCCUCCAAGCCCCCGGCCCCCAAGGCCUCCAGCCCCAAGAAGGCUGUUGGUAGCAGCACUCCCAUGCCGGUGAAGCGGGGGCCCAAACCCACACUGGCCUCCGAGCCUCGCCCAGAGGAGGCGGGUCAGGAAGGUGAGGCUCCAGCCACUACCGCAGUUGCCGCAGCAACCACCGUUGCUGUAGCAACCGCCGUUGCCGUGGCAGCCGUCGCCACCACCACGGCAUCCUCGGAAGAUACCAAGCCUCUCCUAGAGCUGGAGGAGGAGAUUCCGGUGGCCCCCCAGGCACCCCUGCCCCCAGCCCCCCUGCCCCCGGCCCCACUCCCCCAGCUGUCUGCCCAGCUGGACCUCCUCCACCUGGGGACAGCUGCCCAGGACUCCUCCUCCUCCCUGGGCACCACGGUCCUGUCCCCUCCCUGCUCCCCUCCAGGGCCCCUCUCUCCGGCCCAGGAGCCCCAGGCUGCCUCUCCCCUGCUGGGCCUGCAUGCCCAGCCUGACCCCUGGGGCCCCAGCCAGGCCCCUGAGCCCCCGGCCCUGGUCUCACACAGCCUCCAGCAGGCAGCCUCCCCCGGGGCCUCCCCCCUGGCCUCCACCGGGGCCUCCCCCCUGGCCUCACCCUCCCAGGAGAAGGAGGAGGCAGUAGAGAAGGCUGACGAUGAGAUCAACCAAGACGAUGAUGAGGAGGAGGAGGAAGAGGAGGAGAGGAAGGUGGGCCUCUCUGAGCCUGCCCACCACUUCCAGGAUAACUCCGCUGGUUGGCACGGCGACAACCUGCUGUCCGAUACCAGCGCCAGCCAGCAGGAGGAGCCAGAGAGUUUAGACUCCUCCCCCCUCAUGGGCUUGGCAAACCAGGAGGCCCCGAGCAAGCAUGAGGCGGAGCAUGUGGACGACAUGGACGUGAGCUCUGAGAAGGCCGACCAGGGCAGGGUCCGUCAGGAGGAUGAGGAGGAGGAUGAAGAUGUGGAGGAGGAUGAAGAUGUGGAGGAGGAAGAGGAUGAAGAUGUGGAGAUGCCCAGCGAGGGUGGCAGGGAGACAGAGAGCUUCUUCAACCAAGAAGAGCGUCAUGACAACCUCAACCACUCUGCCCCGACCCCAGCCCCGCCCCCCUCUGCCUGGGGCCCCUCCUCCUUCUCUGACACCUGGGCCCCGGCCCCCCACGCCUCCCCCAGCCCUGAGCCCCCCACCCAGGCCUGGCUGCAGCCCAGCGGCGCCCCCCUGCCACCCGGCCCCCCCAGCGCGCCCAGCACCCCUGAGGAGGACGACAGCAGCUCGGGAGUGGAGUCUCGCUCCGACAAGCAGGCCACGCCCCUGCCCCCCCGCGGGGCGGAGCAGGAGCAGGACCUGGGCAUACACCUGGGGGGCGGGGACGGCGAAGAGGAGGAGCCAGAGACGCUCCCCGCUGAUGAGGUUCUGGGCACCGGCCCCCCCACAGCCCCAGCCUCCGCCCCCUCUUCCCCCUCCACAUCUGGGGACGAGGCCAGCGACACGGAAGGGGAGAUGCAGAUCAAUGAGCCGGACGAGGAGGGGAGCAGCCUGGCCGCCCUGGGGGAGGAAGGGGAGGAGGGGGAGGAGCCACGGGCCGAGGGGGAGGACGGGGGAGGGGCCACGCCUCAGUCGGCCAACUCGGUGGCGUCGUACGGGUUUGAUUGCCCGUCCUCCACCGCAGAGAGCAGCAGGAGGAGCCCAGGGAUCUUCUCCCUGGAGGAGAUGCUGAGCGAGGAGGCCAAGGAGCCCUCCCUGGUCCAGGAGCCGGGGGGCCCGGGGGCCCUGCUCACCCUCGGUGGGGCCGGCUUACAAGAGGCCGCGGCCCCCGGUGACGCCCACCACCCAUACUACUCUGCCAUUGGUGAUAAGACUGAUAGCUUCCUGGCAGGUAACGUAUAAGGCCCCCCCCCCCCUUGGAAUGCACCUUCUCCCCCGCACCCUCCACCCCCUCCCCCAUCUACCUGUGGGUGUGCCCUCCAGGGUUAGAAGUAGAAGAAGGGAUGGCGACAGACCGUAGGAAAACGAGAGACAGAUUGAGUGAAAGACUGUAGAUGUCUGGUGAUGCCCCCCCCCCCGCUGUGGUCCUGGUUUUGUGAUUGGCUCCUACUCAGUGUGCCGUAGUUAAACCAUUUUCUAUUCCGAUGUUGUUCUGAAGUGAGUCUGCCCGUCCGGGCCCGGGCUCUUAGGACAGACUGGACUACACCUGUACUAUCCUACUGUUUUUACCCUAAAAAUGUCAACAAACUUCUUUUUUGUACUUGCUGUUUGUAUGUGUAUUUUUAUUUUGGUUGAAACCUUGUCUUCCCUGCCCCAUGUACACACUUCCUGUGCUCCUGUCAACAUAGCGAUACUUCUUCCUUUUUUAAGUUUUGUGUUCUUGUUUUUAAGACUGUUUUAGCGCUAGAAUAAAGUCUAGAUAUUUACAACGCUUCUGCCAGACAAUUGUCUUGAGUCGAGGUGGGUAUGGGAGUGUAAGGUUUACUGUGGGGUUCCACUGUGGAGUUCCACUGUGGGGGUCCACUGUGGUGUUCCAUUCUGGGGGUCCACUGUGGAUUUCCACUGUAGGGAUCCACUGUGGGGGUCCACUGUGGAGUUCUAUCAAAGGGUUUGGAUUAUUUGGACAGUAACUUGCAUGUUUGGUUAACUAACAGACUGGUUUGUGUAUCUGAAGACAUGACACUGCUUAGGGAUGUUCAGAGAUACUCUAGACCUCCACACUAACUAGGGGUUCAAAAUUCCAUUAAACAUCAUUGCACCCUG